UCAUUCCACCCCGUGUCCUUCAUUUUUUUCCUCCCAUUCUCGCCAAAAAUAUCCCCCUCUCUCUCCCUCACGACUGUUGACGCUUUUCCAUUAAUUACCUGUCUGUUCCUUGAAUAAAAAGCCAGACCACUUGUUUGCAUACUCUUUCGUUUAAAUAAUCAACGAGUCCUUUCUCGUCACCGUAAGGAGAAAAAAUCGUGAGAAUAAUUGCCGAGUGCCAAGCAUUUUCGUCGAGUGCCGCACACAUACAUAAUGGACAUACUCCACUCUAACGAAGUUGUGCGAUGGUGAUGAGCAUUGUGGACGGUGCCACUGCGUGAUGAACGUGAGAAUCUCUGACAGAUCAACUUACCUGUCAACAUGUUCAGUCCAGUGCAGAUAAAGCAAGAAUUUUCCAACACGGAGGAUUCCAGUCAGAACGGCCAGAACUGUGUCCAGAGCAAUGUAGAGUAUCCAGUAUUCACGAAUCAGGACGUUGAGUACAUGUACAGACAGUUACCCCAGUUCUGGAGUCAAAAUCCAGGCAUUCAAAUGGCCGAGGAAGUGGUGAUGACCAAGAAUGAUCUGCAGGGACGACAAAACGUGGCUCAAUCCAGCCCACAGGUGUCCCCGUACCUGCAGUCGACGCCCCUCUUCCAACUGAGCCAACAACACGAGUUGAGCUCCCUGAGCCAGCACGUGUCGUGCCUGCCAGCCCCCCAGGACCGCCAGCAGCUGACGCAAAUGCUCCAGCAGCAGAGGCUAGACCUGCCGGAGGGCUCGGAGCCCCUGCGCCAGGCCUCCCCAACCAAGCAGAACGGCCCAGGCAGGCCCCCCAAGUCCACCAGCACCCCCUCAACCACCAAAAAGCUCAAGUGUCAGUGUGAAAUAUGCUUCAAGGAAUUUGGCCACAAGAGCAAUCUCUUCAUUCACAUGCGCACCCACAACGGCGAGAGGCCGUACAAGUGCACCCAGUGCGAAAAAUGUUUCACUCACAGUGGUAAUUUGGCCAUUCACAUGCGCACCCACAGCGGUGAGAGGCCCUACGCAUGCCAAAUAUGCGGCAAAAUGUUCAGUCACAGUGGCAAUUUGUCCACCCACUUGCGCACACAUUCUGGUGUUAAACCUUAUAAAUGCAGUGUAUGCGGUAAAGAAUUCAGACACAGUGGUAAUCUGUCGAUACACGAGAGAAUACAUUCGGGUGUCAAGCCGUUUCAGUGCAAAGUAUGUGGAAAAGAGUUUUAUCACAGUGGAAAUUUAACGACACACAUGAAGAAACAUCCGGUUACCAGCAAGGAGGAUUGCGAGAGUGAGGACGACAUGAGGAUUGGGGGAAAUAUUGGGGAUAGGGUUGUUACUGUGAGGAAUCACGAGGAGGGGGAGGACGCCAAUGAGAUGGAGAGAAGUGCACAAUCACCUUUUGGAACGAACAGUUAAUGAUGCUUUUUCAGGGGUAUGGUUGGAGAUCCAUUCGAGGAUGAGUGAGUACUUGAGACAUUUGAAAUGAUUGAGAGGAAAUUUACGGUUUAUUUGGGGAAUCAGUUGCUUCGAUUGAAUUUAUUGAUUAUUUUUAUUUUUUACGUCACGAAAGUUUUGGUUGAAAAUUAUUUUUCAGAAGUAUUUGUUACUCGAGUCAUCGAAGGGGUGGGUUACACUCGAUUAAGUUUUUGUUCAUAAAAAAGCCAUUUCGAAUAUUUUUUUUCAUCCAGCAAUUGAUGAAUAAUGAGAACUUAAAAAUUAUGAACGAAAAUUGAAUGAUAAUCGAGAUAUGACAAACAACAACAGGAAAGAAUCUAUUAACUAUCCGACGACUCCAUAAAAAUGCUAUAAUUAAUAACUAAUGCGAAUUUCUUAAAACAUUUUUAUUUUUUUACUUCGGCUAAUUCUCAUUUUAUUUUAAAAAAAUCAAUUUUAACAGAAUGAAUAUAAUAACGAUAUUCAAGACAUGCUAAACAUUGAAAUAAAAUAAUUUAACUUAUAAUUUUGACAAAAUGAAAUGAAAAAUAUGAAAGCAAGAAAAAAUCAACAACAUUCAGUCCUAAAAAAAUAAUAGACUUGAAAUAAUUAUUUCAAAUACUAUUUCCUGUCGGAAACAGAAGUAGAACUCGAUAUCUAGAGUGGGAUUGCGACCAUACUACCUCGAAUGUACGAUAUUUUCUUAUUUCAACUGGAGGAAAAGAAGUUGUUGGAAACUCCAGUGAACCUUGUACUUAAGACACGUAAUUUUUUUUAAAUUCAUCAUAACCCUUUAUUAUUGAAUAAUUCCACUCCUCGAGACUCAGCGAACGGUCAAGGGGAGCUGGAAGGUGAUAUUGUCCGUGUACUCUAGUUGAUAAUUUCAAUCGAUGAAGAAACAAUUUGUGGAUCAAAUACUGAAACAUGCAUACUGCGUUGAAUGAUACAUAAUUACUCGUAAUUACUAAUACAAAAAAUUACCUACUUUUGUUAAUUAAUGGGCCCUUUAAUCACACCAAAAUGUAAACAAAGGAAUCAUGUUUGAAACAUUUAUUUUCUAUUUUUUAAUCUUUUCAAUCAGAGAUGUUAAAAUGCAGAAUUAUUAAAUUAAAGAGAAAAGUAAAAAAAAUGAGAGAUUUUUAAUUGGGACUUUCCGAGGGACAACUGAAUUACAUUUUACAAAAAAAUGUAAUUAUUUUAUAGCCAUUUUUAAUCGCUUUUGGAAUUUGUCUCAAAAGGAGACUUCGUAAUUUAUUUUAGACUCUUGAAAUGUUGAAGUGGACUUCAACGGAAAAACAUAUAUACAAAGUAAAAAAGCAAUUUCAACUUCAUGAACAACUGAGUGGUAAUUUUUAGGAGAAUGACAUUUAAUUUGAGGAAAAAUCAUGAAAUUUCAAAUUUCAGUAAAAAUUCAAUAGAACGUCAAAUUUUUCAGCAGCCGACAGACGAUCAUUUCCUAACUAAUUUGAAUU